GAAAACAGCAGUUGUUUGACUCCAAUUUAUCCUAUCAAUGAGUGGUAGUGUUUACUUUAGCGAAAGAACAAAAACCUAUGAUAUUCCUAUAUCACAUUUGGACUUUAAAUAUCUUGACUCUUGCAAUGACCCAUAUGAACUGGAGAAAAUAUUGAAAACCUUGAGGUCUGGUGAAGUCGGACGUUAUGCUGAACUUGAAUCAUUUUGUGAAGAAAAGGUCAAAAAGUUACAUCCAAACAGCCGAGUAUUACGGAAAGCGAUAGAACCAAUAAAAAUCACACAGUUGGAUAAAGAAGAAAGACAACAAAUUGAAGAAGAUUUUCAGAGUUGGCUUAAUGAAGUAAAGACGUUCAAUGAAGAAAUUGAUGACGAUGAUCAGAAUUCAGAAAUUGAUUAUUAUUUAUUGAAAAGAUCAAAAAAGAAAUCACUUCCAGGAAAACAAUUCGAAAUGAAUGAUGAAGAAUUAGAAGAAAAAUGUUUGAAAUAUGACAAUGAAGAUUUACCACCUAUUCGAAAAUCUAUUAUAUUUAGUGAUAAUAAACAAUUAGCAACACAAUUAAAUUCAAAAGGGGAUUAUACAUUUGGCAAAAGAGUUUUGAAACCAAAAGACUAUAGUGAAUGGGAUAAGUUAGCAAAGCAAUGGGAUAAAGAAUUAACUGAAGAUAAUCAACCAAAUAGUAAAUUUGAAAAAGGUGAAAAAAUGAAUUUGUCAGAAAUGGAAACCUAUGGAUUAAGAAAACUUGAUUAUAAAGAAUUGAAAUUAAGACUAGUUAAUAUGCCAAUUCAAACAAGAAAAAAAUUAGCUGAACGAGAAAAAGAAAAAGGGAAUGAAUCCUUUAAAUCAGGUGAUUAUGCUGAUGCAAUGAACUAUUAUAAACGAAGUCUUAUUAUGCAUAAAACCAAUGCUGUUUACAAUAAUCGUGCUUUAAUAUAUUUACGACAAAAACAGUGGAAACAAGCAGUGAAUGAUUGUACUAAAGUUUUAAAAACUGAACCAGAUAAUUUAAAAGCAUUAUUUAGACGAAGUCAAGCAAAUUUCGAAUUAGAUAAUUUAGAACAAGCUGAAAAUGAUUUAAAUAGACUUACCGAUCAAGAUCCAACAAAUUUUAAAGCUCAAAAUUCAUUACGAAAUGUGAAAAUUGCAAUAUCAAAACGUCAAGAACCCCAUUUGAAAGGAUCUAGACGUAUGAUCAUAACUGAUGUCGGUGAUUCUUCCUCGGAUGAUGAUGAUGAUGAGAGUGAUGAAAAUGUCGAAGAAAAUGAAUAUCAGCAGCAGGAACAACAACAACAACACAUACAAGGACAAGAAAUUGUGACGGUGAAUACUAAUAAAAUAGAGCUUUCAAAAAACCAUCUAGAUCAAAUUCAACAUCAUAAUAAUGAUGUUGAUUGUGAAAAACAUUAUUUCACCAUUGAGAUGAACAAAAAUGAUAAUAUUCAAUUGACGGACAAAUCUACUAUUGAUAUUAAUAAACAAGAAUCUAGCUUAAAUGUUUGUUAUGACUCCAAAGUUGAUACAAAUAAUAAUGAAGAUAUAAUAGCUACAUUUGAUAAUGGAGAUAUAUAUUGUCAAUCUGAAGUUAAUGACCAUUUAGAAAAUGAUGAAGUGUCCAUUAAUUCUAAGAGUACAUAUUCUAUCGUUGAUUAUGAAGAGUUAAAACAAAAAGGAAAUGAAUCCUUUAAAAAGGGAGAUAUGAAAUUGGCUUUAAUAUAUUUCAAUAAAUGUAUUGAACUUUGUUUAAAGUACAAUUUAAAUCAUGACAAACGUUUAGCUCUUAUUUAUCGUAAUCGUUCAUUGAUUUAUUUACAAUUGAAUGAAUAUCAAUUAGCAUGUAAUGAUUGUACAUCAGCUUUAUCGAUUGAAUCUAAUUGUCCGAUUGCAUUGUAUCGUAGAGCAUUAGCAUUAAAGUUUCUAGGUGAUCAUUCAGGAUGUUUAAAAGACUUACAGAAAGCAUAUAAUUUAAGUCCAAAUAAUAAUAGAAUUAUUGAAGAAUUGAAGAAAAUGCAGAAUACUUUAGUACAGACGGAUAACAUGAACACUGAUAUACUAAUCAAUAAAUCUCAAACAGUAAUAACUACUAGUACAAUCAGUACUACAUCAGAUCUUGAAAUAAUUGAAUUACCAAAUGUUGACAGUGAAAAAGAAGAUCAUAUUCAUGAUGACAAUGUUAAUGAUGGAGACGAUGACGACAACGACAACAACAACAACAAAAAUAAUAACAAUAGUGAAAUACUAGAAGUGGAAGUAGAAGAAGAGAAUGAUGAAAGCUAUGAUAAACUCUUAUCUAUACAAUGUAAUAAUAUGAAUCCAUCAUGUCAUAUUUCUACUAAUCUAAAUGAUUUCUCUAAAUUUCAACCAGCUAAUUCAAAUGUUAUGACUAAAUCAAUUGAUAAUGAAUGGGAAGAAGUGAAUCUUAUCAAUAAAGAAGAUACAAAGAUUGUUAAUAUAAGUAGCAUAAAUUCGACUAUUGACAAUAGAUGGAAGUUAGAUAAACCAAUAACAAACUCACAUGAAUUUCAAAAUUGUUGGAUAAAUAUUCAACAUUUAAAACGAUCAAAUUAUACAAACGCCAUUAAUGAAAUUAUAACACUAUUAAAUAAUAUAUUACCUGAACAAUUACCAAAAUUAAUUGGAAUUCGAAUGGAAUCUGAGAUGUUAGAUGAUUUAUUGAAUGCAAUCAAUAUAUCAAUGAAUACUAAAAACAAUAAUAGUCUGUGGAUUUACGAUAUUUUAAUCCAAUUGAGUAAAACAGCACGAUUUGAUUGUGCCUUAUUCUUAAUAAGUGAUGCCACAAAAGAAGCUAUAAAAUGUAUAAUCGAUAGAUUACACCAUCGAUAUCAACAACAAUCUAGUGAAUUGAAACAAUGUCAUAUUGAACAACUUCAAUCCAUUUACUCAAUAUAAAAGAAGAUAAAAAAAAACAACAAACAAACAGUAGUAUAUCACUGGUAGAUGAACAUUUAUUCCUCUGUUCAAUGAUUCUGAACAUCUAUUACAUUUCAAUCAAUAUACAAGAAUACAAUUUAGAGAGACAAAAAUCAAUUUAUAUAUAUAUAUGCGUGUUUGUGUGUGUGUGACUAUGUAUGGUUGAAUGAUCAAAAAUUCCCCCCUCCCAAAAAAAUAGGCAAUUUCUUUUCUAAUUUAUUUAAUGUUACACUGUAAAUAAUGGGUGUUGUCUGUUCUCUUUUUUUUUGUUUGUUAUAUCUUAGUGCUUUAUUAUACUACUUAUAUUCUUAAUACAUAUGAACACCUACCAUACAUUUGUUGUAUGAUGAUGAAAUCAAUGGUAAAUAGUGUUAGAAUGAUAGAAUAAACAAAACAAAAUAAUAAUAAUUGAUGAAAAUGGGAUAAGAUGAAGGGUAAAAACAAAUCAACAAAAUGAAUUAAUUAUGAAAGACACUAACUAUUACACAUAUACAUUAUAUAACAAAUGUGUGUAUGUGUCUGUGUGUGUGUGUGCAAACAAAACAAAACAAACAGAUAAACGAAACAAGAUAAAUUUACAAAAAACAAUUUAUACAUACAUACAUACAUACACAAACACAUAUAAAUGUAAAGGUAUAGAUUUAUUUAAUAUUGUGCUGAUAGAAUUAUCUACUCGUGUAAUACAUUUGAGUUGUGUUUAGUC